AUGAUAAAUGCAUUAGUCGAAUCUUCUCUUCUUUCAGAGAAGUUUUCUCGAUCCGCUACACCUGCAAAUCGGAAUGUUUCAAUUCCAUCAAUGCGUAAACAAGAAGUCGCUAAGCAUUUGGAUGAUGUGUUAAAUUCAAUUAUUAGUUGCAGUUCAUUUGUUGCAGAAAGUGAAGUCUCACUUGAUUUAGUUUCAAAUGAAAUAUUGCAAGAAGAUGUGGAUGAGGAUGGUGAUUCUGACGAUUCUGCAUUGAGUACCAACUUCAUGGGCACAGGUAACGACGAAUAUGAAGUAUUUCUGCAAACGUUUUCUCUUGAUUAUAUGAAAAAGGUCAUAGAAUAUUAUGAUGAAAAGGAGCCGAUAGCAUAA